CCCGCGGAGCUCCGAGCCCCAGCCGGCAGCGACUUGCCACCGGGCGCUCCUUACCUGGCGCCCGCCCCGCUCCGCCCCGCCCCCGGCAGGGAGCAGGCCCCGCCCCGGCUGAGCAGCCGCCCGGGCGAGGCGCCUGUGUGUGAGGGCAGCGGGCUGGGGUCUGGCGCGGCCGGGGGUGCCCGCCCCCCUCCCGGGUUUUGCAGUGGGCGCUCGCCCCUCUGCCUCCUCGCGCCGCGCUCCGGCCCCGAGCCGCAGACGGUCCCCAGCCUCUCGGGGGCUGGCGGGGAAGGGGCUCGGCAGCCCCGGCCGCUGCAAGAGGCGCUCGGAGAGCCGGGAGGCUGCCGCUAACCGAUGCUUUUCUUGAUCUGUUUGUGAACAAUUUGGGCUCCAGUACAAGGAAGACCUGGGGCAUCUGCAGGAAACAGUCCUGGGGAUACACUGCACAAGUAUUUUAGAUUUCCCUGUUCAGUAAUAGUCAGCAUGCUACUAUUCUAUCACAUGUUGGCAUUAGCUUCUCUUCAGAUCUUCAUCCUCUCAGGGAAUUGGGCUCUAGCCAAGAACAUCAACUUCUAUAAUGUGAGACCUCCACUAGACCCCACUCCAUUUCCAAACAGCUUUAAGUGUUUCACCUGUGCAAAUGCAGUUGACAAUUACAACUGUAACAGAUGGGCUGAAGAUAAAUGGUGCCCUGAAAAUACAAAGUACUGCUUGACAGUUCAUCAUUUCACAAGCCAUGGAAGGAGUACAUCUGUGACCAAAAAAUGUGCUACCAGGGAUGAAUGCCAUUUUGUUGGCUGUCACCCACGCAGAGAGACAGGCCGUACAGAAUGCAUUUCUUGCUGUGAAGGGAUGAUCUGCAAUGUAGAAAUACCAACCAAUCACACAAAUGCAGUGUUUUCAGUAAUGCAUGCUCCGAGGACAUCAGAUGGCAGCAGGAGGACAAUUAGCAUUCCAGUACUUGCAUCAGUCAUAACAAUUAUGUUGUUAUGAUGCAGUUUUCCAUGUGCCAAAUGUGAUUCAGAGGGAUAAACUUUCUGGGCUCAGCUAUAAGAACAUUUCAGUUUGAAGGAAGUCUCCGGCCCCCUUCAGAUGAUAGAAGAUGGUAGGAAAACAUGGACAUGCACAUCAUGAAGUUUGUUGAUCAUUUAUUGAAAAUUCUUGCAAAGAGUCUGAAGUAUUUAAAAACAAACAAACUGGUGACCAGACACUAUAGUAGACUUUAACCAGUUAUCUGAAUUCUUCAUUUGGUGAUGGAAGCGUGUGUACACUCUGCACAUUACUUGAACAAGGAAACUGGUUGUCUGUAGGCAGUCAAUUUACCAAGUGAGAUAAAGGGAUACUUCUAGAUGCAAAAGCUGUGCCAAGCUUACCUCAAGAGAAGCCACUUUUUUCAUAACUUUGAGUAUUGACUUGUAGUGUUGUAGUCUCUUGUCUGCCUUAUUGAUGAGAAAAUGUUAUGUUUAAGUUCAUCCUUUACAGUUCUCCAUGAACACCAUGUUCAUUGAGAACAAGGUAUCUAAGAAAUAGACAAAAGUGCUUUUUUUUAUUCAGUUUUGGUCAGAACUUCGAUGUCCUAUGGAAAAACUGAAAAAUAUUUAAAUUUUUUUUCUCUCCUACAACAACAUUGUGACCCCUCCUCAGAUUAUAAAAUGAUGAAUCCACCAAAAAAUAAAUAAAAUCCUAACAAAAGAUGACCAACUGCUUAGGCUCCUAUGAGUCUCUAUUUAGGCAUGUAACUAAAGCAGUCUGAAAGAGUGCUGAGUACCUGUAUCUCCCAUUGUCUUUGAUAGGAUUUGUGGGUGAUCAGUUCUUCCAGAUACCUCACCACUUUUAUUUAGGAGCCUAACGUUAGGCACCCAGCUUUGAAAAGUAUGGCUUAAGUUUCUAAAAAUAAUGUUGCCAAUCUUACCCUUUUUUCCCACAGUUGUAGUAGAUUUUUUUUAAGGCCUGGUUUAUUGUAUAUUUUGACUAAUGUUGCACAUCUGACCAGUUGGAAAAAUUAAAAAUAGUAGAAUUUA